UCGAACAAUGUUCACCAACAUCUCUCUGAUGUCUCCCAUCGCCAAGAUUGCCAUCGGACUUCUUGUCAUCCUCUGUGCCCAUUGCAUUUCUACUGUUCCCAUUGUGGAAAGUCGUUUCUCACUGAUGAUUCUGUGUUGUGAGGGCACAGAAAGAAAUUAUCCAGUUUUUCAACCUGUGGCGUGGAUGAAUAGCUCAUGACCGAAGCAUUGCCAAUAUGCAUUGGAUGAUGAGUUUUCGAUAAAGACCUCGAAACAAAGGCAUUGCAUAUGACAUGUCAGGAUUGGAAGAAUUUAUGGAACUCUAUGUCUGAUGGGGCAGGUCUAAAGGCUGAUCAAUUGUUGAAAAAGUUCCAUAGCAAAGGACAACCAUUUGCUACUAUGAGUGAGGCGACUAAAUUAAAAUUGGUAGCAGAAUGGUAUUAUUUCAAUCCGGCUCAAACGAAAAUUGCGUUUAUUAAGAAUCACUGUGGUGGUGAAAGAAAAGAUAUAGUUCUCCUCGGUCCUUGGGAAACAUUCAAAGACAAUCAUUUUGUGUACGGAGAACCAGGAACCAAAUGCCCAAGUGAAUAUCCAAUUGACGACAUGUGCGUUCCCAAAAGAACCAAUGGAACUCUUUAAAUGACUGAAAUUGUAUUUGAAUGAAAGUUUUGAAGAAA